AAUGGCACCUAUCAAAGAAAUAUUUGUCGAUUUUAAGGUAAUUUUUCCCUCAGUGCUUCAUCUGCAUGCUUCAAUCUUAAAGCUUCUCUCUCACUUCUACUCACGUCACUCCUAAAAAUGACGGACAGCAAGCCAAACAGGGCUUACCAUACUUUGUCCUAACUAGAGGAAAACUCUAGUAGAAAUAAGCUCCUACUCCAUUACCUACCAUAAUAGAUUCCUUCGCUUUACAUCUACUUAGACUGUUUUUUUUUUUACAAUAUAGAAGAAAAUCCAUAUUCAGGGGUACAUAUUUAUUUAUAGAAAUUUUAUUUAGCGAUGCGCGCUAAACCGAAUUAACCCAGUUUAAGUUGGUGACACACCUCGCUGAUUUAAUUUCGCGGACAAUGUCGCGCAUAAAUCUCCAAAGUAGCGCCGCCGUAGAUGCACACAUUCGCCGAACAUUCGUGGACGGGGGCGAGUCUCGUUCAUGCGCGUGGCACUGACUCAUCACGGAAGUCUAAUUAACGUCGAUGCUUAUUGCUAAUGGACUUACGCGCGAGCUGGCGGAGGCGCCCGGCAUUCGCAUUUCCGCGUUUAUCCUUCGACCAGGCGACGACUAGCGCACACCCACGCGCUCUAGCAGCAGCUUGGUCCCGCGGCCGAAUUUGCGUCAGUGCUCGUAUUGUUGAUCAAUAGGAGCACCGCACGAUGCGUGUCGCGUCUUUUAGCGGUCCAAUUCCGUUUGAGCCAGACGUUGAUGCACUCAUUACGAUGCAGUCAGUCACGAUAAAUCGUAGUAACGGUGUAGACGCGGCGUGCCAACGUCAAUACUCUCGUCUGUCACAGUUCUCGUCCUGUCACUCUCGCGUAAAAAUGGCGGCGUUUUAGUAGCCGCGAAGAGCGGCAGAAGCAGCCAAUGGGAUAUUUCUUUCGGAUGAUAUCGAGGUUUCGCGAUUUCACGAAACGGAAUCUGCCAUGUCACUCGGAAGCAGAAGGCUAACCUUUGACCGUAACUCGCCCACGUAUAGGUGUACUUAUAUGCCCUUGGAUUUUAUAUUAAACUAUUAUUAGCCGGCGGCGAGUGCUCAAUGGGGUGAACGACGGGAGAUUCGAGAUUAUACGGCCUGUAAUAGAGUGAACGGCGACUUUCUGUGAUCCGCGGAGAGCGAUCCUGACCUUUGCCGAUGGUGUAAAUGUUUCGCUCAAACGGCGAAUCUACAAGCACUUCUCCUUACUACACGGCGCUUUUAACGUCGGGAUAUUAUGUUAUACGGAGUUUCUCUCCUUCCGUUUGUGCGUUUCCGAAUUGGAAAUCGCGUUUUAGAAUCGCGGGAGAGGUCGAUCGAGUGAGAGGGAGAGAAAGAGAGGGGGAGGAUUGUGUAGAAGAAAAAAAAGCACGUUAGAAAUAUAUCGGUUCGGUUUGAAUUAAGCUCGCUAUAUAGCACGCAUUAAGUUUGUAAGAACCAGACCUCGGCGAAGUUAUAGUCAGGCUAUCGAUAUCGGCCGAUAUUAAUAGACGAUGGAAAAAUAUAUACAGUCGAGACUAAAUUUACUUGUAUCAAUAACGCCGACUGCGAGAGCCUGUAUUCUUUAGAUCGCUCUGCAAAUUUUUUUCUUUCCCUUCCCUCUUUUAUUUUACAGUGUCAUCGUUUUUGGCACGCAACGCGCGCGAUAUCUCGCGAGUCGAUUCUUCCGCUUUUCACCUGCGACGAUGGCCGGGUCGGACCGGCCACGAUAUAAAGCAGCCACGAUCAAUGUGUCGAGCGGCAUGAUACUUUAGGAAAAAGCUCAGGCUAAUGAUGAGGACACCAGGCUCGUGCUUUGGGAUUCGCGGCGUGUUUGGGCGACUAUUAGAUCGACGAACGAUUUACCUGGCGGACGGAAGUGAUCCGCGCCGCGGCGCCGCUCCCGGUCGACGUGCACCGACAGCCGUCCUCGCCCUUGCCUACCCUUCUUCUAUCCCUGGACUCCCUCGGGAAAGCGAUGGAUGCACUUGAUCGUCUUCGGUGCACAAGUGCGGAAGGAAUAUCGAACUGGCGACGCAAGGGGCGCCCCGAGGGUCGCACCCAAAGGGUAGAAGUGACGUUCGGGAUGCGGGGGGUCGCUUAGUGGGGGCAAUCGUGUCGUGGUGGUGGAAGAGCCACCAGGGUGGACUUGGAAGGACAGCGUGGCACGCGCCUUCCGCAAACUAAGGCAGCCACGCUGCCGGCCGGUCGUGUGUCUCUUCUCGUCACCCUCCGCGAGUAUCGUUGCGAUAGUCAUCGGUUGCGGUGCGUUCGCGAUGGGGCUGGCUGGCUCCUCCGCUGCGUGAUUAACCCGUUCUCACCUCGCGUUCGCCUCACUCCCUUUCUCACCCCCUCUUUCUCUUUCUCUCUUCAAGUACUCCAAGUUCAGGUCUCGAGUAGUUUCUUGACGCUCGGUGACGGUAUCGUAGAACGAAAUCUCCAUCGGAUUAGCUGGCGCGAUCUCAAGUGAACAAGCGAUAAUAAUUAGCGAAGCUACUAACGUGAGCCGCCACGUAAAGCCCGAGCUGUAGAAAGAACAUUUUAGAGAGAGAGAGAGAGAGAGAGAGAGAGAAAGAGAGAGGCUCUCGUUUAUUCGAGGAGAGGCCAGCUUGCGGUGUUCUCCCCGCUAUAACGCAUUCUUGUCGAAGGGGAUGAAUGCAUUCCUACCGAGGAAGAUGAACGAUUCGGGCGAAAACGGGUUAAAAUGCACGCCAUGAGAAAUUGCCGCGAGCGUCAAUUUUGUUGAGUGUCGUUCAAGUGCAUCAUGUCGGGCUUGUUAAGUGAUCGUGACCGGGGGUGCGUUUGAAGGAAGAAGAGUCCCGCGAGGUUGUACUCCUCGAUAGUGCACGAUUGAGGUAGAUCAAGUAGCGAAACGUUCGCGCGCGCACGAAAAACAUUGUUCGUCGUGGCCGGUGAUAGUGAUCGUGAAUUAUAUUGUUUCCGAUAGAGGUUCGCGCUCAUUGAUCACGACGGAUUAUCGAUCUCGACGAUGGAACACGAAUAGGACUAGUGCAUUGUGCGCGAUCUAGAGUGCCCUUGAGCAACAUUGCUCGGGAUAAAUUAACGAUAAAAGAUCACGUAACUUGGCAUCCACGAGCGAUUUCAAUUGUACCCGGCAAAUUUUCUUCCACGUGAGAAAACCGGGAAAAAGCGUCGCGUCGAGAUACCCACAUAGUAAAUUUCUCGGGAUUUAAUUGGGAUCCAAUACUUCAAAAUAGUUGUAGCUUGCUUAGAAAUGUAAUGUUCCAAGCGGACAGAGAAUCUAUAUUUAUGAAGAGAAUAGGAUUUCAGUGUUGGUAUAGUGAGAUAACGAAUUUUAGGACAAGGUUAAGCAUUCUAAUUGGAAUUUACGCUGUAUAUUUGGGAGAAUCUUGAAAAUUAUUUUUAUACGUUCAGCAUAGAAAACUUCUGAAGAUUUAAUUGAGACCAAAUCUGACUCGGGAUCUGAUAAUUAUGAAUCCUGGUUACAAGUGCAAUGUUUCACAGUCCUGGGAAUGAUUGGAAAUAUGCAAUUAUCUCAAAGUUUUUUCAGUAUUCUUUCUGAUUUUCAUUCUUAUAUUGAGUGAAACGCAUAUGUCGACUUUCCAAGUAAUUAUUCAAUAAAAUAGCGAAACUAUUUGAAAAAUGCUUUUUUAUUUUUUUAUUCUAUUGAAUACAAUAAUUGGUAUAAAAAUAGGUUUCCCUGAUUGUGAUAUCAUAAAAAUAUACCAACGUUACUCACUAGAAAAAAACGCAAGUUCUCAUAGCAUUUCUAUUUCGACUCAAAACGAAGAAUCCAUGCUUGAGGCAAGAGCGCGAUUCCCAAUUGCUGUCGUAGUUAGAUAACGAAUUUUGGAGCAAAUUUGCGCACUCUAAUUGAGAUCUGUGUUACACGCGGGAAAAUCUUGGAAAAUUUUUAUGCGGCUGCAGGAUCGUGCUCGGGGCGGUCUCUCAUAAGCGCUUAUCACGCACGAUGUUUGUCGUGCGUGAAACAGCGACAUUUUAUCGCGGCAGCCGACUCUCUUCGUAACGAUGCUCGAUACGGUCGCGUAUACCGGCGGGUUUAAUCGGUCGCUUUGCGCGCUAAUUAAAACGGCGACGUUGGAAAACGAUCUGCGAAAUGUGCGCGAUUUAAUCGGCCGAUUUAAAUCGCAUCGCAGUCACGCGACACGGCGCGUUCUUAAAUUUGGCCGGUCUCACGUUUUUAUUAUCGGAUAUGAUCCCGUAAGCGGACGUGUAACGGCAAUAAUGAUAUGUAAUGGCAGUAAUGUUCGCGGCUUGUCGCCUAUAAUCAAGUCGAUGAGAUCUCGCGCUGCGCUUUCUCUUCCUUCUCUCUCUCUCUCUCUCUCUCUCUCUCUCUCUCUCUCUAUUCUCUCUUGCGCUUGCUUCUUAAGCAAGUUCGUAAUGUUCUUAAUAAGGGAUUGCAUUACACUUGACUUGUGUGAUCGUCGCGGGUGCGAAACUUUCGCUCGCCGUUAACUAUUCAUUGACUAUCCGUGACAGGGAUUCGCGGUCGAGAAUGAGACGGCUCGUUUCAUCGAUUGACGCGCGAAUGACAACGACGUGCGGACGCGUAAUCGCAAUGUUCCCGUGCAUCGGAACGGAAAGAGAAAAAAGGAGCGGGUCGGCUGUGUUAUCCGCGUCGCGCGAAUUAACUCGCACGUGCGAGCGCACAGUUGUAACGCGCAUUGUCCGAUUCAUUGUCGCGUGCGAAUUAGCGUAACGCCGCGUAACGCGCCGCCGGCCAAUUGCGAGAUGCGGUUAAUUCACUUUGCCGCACUCGUGUAAUUUGUCUUCCCACGUAGAACAUAUAUUGAGAGACGACGCGGGAGAGAGAGAGAGAGCGCGCGCGCACCAGCUCGCUUUCUUUCGUUGCGAUGCGUGAUAUCGACGCUUUCCGAGUUACGGAGAAUUUCCUCCCUGCUUCUCGUAUACACGGAGAAAAUAUCACAGUGAAAAUUCAUACUCAUAAUAGUAGUUUAUUAACGCGAUAGCUCUUUUGUCAAGUACAUAUAUGACAGCGCGACGAAAUUGCGAUAAAAUUUUGUAAUUUUUGGACACAGAUAUUAUAAUCGAAAUUAUGCCUUAAAAUGUUAUGCAUGUUUAACAUUUUGUUACAUAAUUAUUGCAUUGAACGUCUAUUUUAUCGUAUAUACGGAGAAUUUCCUCCCUGUUCCUCGUAUACAAAUUCAUAAUUCAUUAAAUGAAGACCAUUAAAUUUGUUAUUUCUAUAGUAAUUUAAACUGUAAGAUCAAUAUAACCUAGCUUCACCAAAAAACGUAAAAUACAAUAUAAAAUUUUUGACGUAAGUUUUACUAUUCUUAACAUUUUCGAUUCCACUCUUAAUAUUUUCUCUGCAAACAUCGACUAACCGGCUCGUUUCUCAAAUAUCCGUCUAGAAAGGAGAGCAAACAACAAACAUUUGAUUUAAUUAAAACACGUGAUGACUCCCGAUCCCACGGUGAUUGAUGCGCGUCUUUAUUUUCGUGAAGCCUGAAAAGCGUCUCGAAGAGAGGAGCGAAGGGGAAUCAUCGAGGGAGCCAAGACCCGUUGUAAAGACGGCCACGCGCGACGAUCUUCUCUCGGGGAAGGUAAAGACGGCAGAGGAUGGCUCGUGCUGCCUCGCGCUGGCCGAGGUCGCCGGUUGCAAUUUCGCCGUCAAUCAGUCGCGACGCCGACGUCGCGACUCUACAAUUUCCGCGAGUGCGAGCGAGCGAGCGGGUGCGCGCCCCGACGUCGAAAACGUGUCACGGCCGAUCGAACCGCGUGUGUGUAUGGACGCACAAUGGCAUAACUUACGUGCCGUUGUACCUACGGUCAGAGCCGGUUUAAUCGUUAAGUGCCCGACAGCUCGCGCCCAUUAAUGAUUCGCGUGCGCGGAUUUUCCGCGCCUGAGUCUUCCGCCGCUCCGUUGUUUCGUUUGGUGAAUUUUCGUUUGAUGUUUCGCGCACCGUCAUCGAAGCCCCGUCAGAUACGUGGGCCGACGAAUUUUUAUCGGCUACGGCAUAAGCCCGCAUGGAGCUCGCCUUGUCUCUCCGCGCGAGAGCGGACCAUCGCGAAAAAGCGCGCGAUGUUUUCUCGCAACGGCUGAAAAUAUUUCACGCAACUGACGGCUCGCGGACGGGCGGGAGGGUGAAAUUACGAAACUUUUAGACGGCGGAGUGAAAUUUUGUUUCGAUACCGUAUCGAGUGUAGCAGCGUGGCGAGAGCUUUCGUGACUGAAGCCGGUCGAUGAAAGCUCGCGUUGUCGCCGCGGAGAAGCGACUGGCAUCGUAAAACCGCGCCGAAUAGUGUGUGUCCGCGUUGCGAAUCCAUUUGCGUUCGGUUUCCUGUCGCUUUCAUAUUGACAUUGCGUGUUCGCAAUUGGUUUCGACGAAAAAUGGAACAGGGAGAGAAAUAGAGAAGGAGAGAGGGGAGGGGGAGCGCGUUGGAAAAAUUGGAUAGUGCAUUUCGGCCGGUAUCGGGAUCUAACUUGAAUUUUUAAUUCACACUGACUGCCGCGAGUUAUUCUGUGAAGAGAGGAAGCAACACGCUUCCUCUCAUAUUUCAUUUAUAUUCUAUUUCUCUUGCCACAACAAAACUGGCCUAUCCGUCCGACACAUGCACGCACAUAUAUAAAUCCGGAAAAAAGAGCAAGUGAAAAAGAUCCCUAGGAAACCUCGCGCUGUAGGCCGCGCGUUCUUUUUCUCUCCUGUCCGCCGCUUAUAGAGAAUCCAUAGCAGAGAACUCGAAUACAAACUUCCGACGCUUGCAAUUAAAAUGAAGUUUUGCGAUAAACUUUGACAAAGUGGCCUCGAGUGUGUUUGACGCGUGUAAAUCGACCUCGCGAUUGUGCCGCCGAUAUGUCGCCACGCUAUUACACCCGAACGAACGGGCAAACGGACGUAAGAUUUUCGUUCGCGUGCAUAUAGACUCUCUCUCUUGAUCUCUCUUUUUCUCCCUCUCCUCCAGACUCCCUAAAUUCUCGAAUUGAAAGCCAGCUCGCUCGGGAAAAUUGCUCGUGGAUUCCAAGGGCGUGAGUAAGAAGUGACGAUGCUGCGAGGCGACGUCUAGCUCGAAACCGAGGAUUUCCGGUGUCGCGCGUUGAAAUCUGACUCGUGCUCGAUCAGCACGGUUCCGAGCUUAGGGUAGCUCUAGGUAGAGGUGAAAUCGCGGCAGGAAGGUGGACUCGUCCGCUUAUGGAACCGCGCGUGUCGUUUGCCGCGUCAAGAGCGAAACGGGCGAGCGCUCGUUCAGAAAUCCGGCCUGAAAAUAGAAGCGUCCACGCAAUCGAGGCGCUCUACGGCGCACGAUGACGCUGGAUGGGAAUCCGCGGCGCUCAUAGCGGCGUCCAGCAAGGAAGAUUAUGAGCCUGAUCAGGCCCUCGAGAUUGCUGGCGCAUGUGGAGACUAAGGUAUGGCCGCGGUAGCUGGCAUCUAUGGCAUUUCAGAGGAUCGACACACCAGACACGCCUCCGACCAUCGGCAACGUGAUCAGAUAUCGCUGCCGAAACUCAGCAGCCAGGACGAGGAUGGAACGAACCCCCACACCCAAUACACAGGAGUCACGCACUUCGAGCCCAUACCGCACGAUCAUGACUUUUGCGAGAGGGUCGUCAUCAACGUGAGCGGGCUACGGUUUGAGACACAGCUGCGUACGUUAAACCAGUUUCCGGACACGCUGCUCGGCGAUCCGACACGGCGGCUGCGAUACUUCGAUCCGUUACGCAACGAAUAUUUCUUCGAUCGGAAUCGACCCUCCUUCGAUGCCAUACUCUACUAUUAUCAGAGCGGCGGCCGCCUACGCCGCCCGGUCAACGUCCCGCUCGAUGUCUUCUCCGAGGAGAUCAAGUUCUACGAGUUGGGCGAGAUGGCUACCAACAAGUUCAGGGAGGACGAGGGCUUCAUCAAGGAGGAGGAGAAGCCGCUGCCGGCGCACGAGUUCCAGAGGAAGGUCUGGCUGUUGUUCGAGUACCCGGAGAGCUCGCAGGGUGCCCGGGUGGUCGCCAUAAUCUCCGUGUUCGUGAUCCUCCUGUCGAUCGUGAUCUUCUGCCUGGAGACGCUGCCCGAGUUCAAGCACUACAAGGUCUUCAACACGACGACGAACGGCACGAAGAUCGAGGAGGACGAAGUGCCGGACAUCACGGACCCGUUCUUCCUAAUAGAGACUAUUUGUAUCAUCUGGUUCACGUUCGAGUUAUCGGUGCGCUUCCUCGCCUGCCCAAACAAAUUCAACUUCUUCCGUGACGUAAUGAACAUCAUUGACAUCAUCGCGAUCAUUCCGUACUUCAUCACCCUCGCCACGGUGGUGGCCGAGGAGGAGGACACGUUGAACCUACCCAAGGCGCCGGUAAGCCCGCAGGACAAGAGCACGAACCAGGCGAUGUCCCUGGCGAUACUCAGGGUGAUCAGGCUGGUCAGAGUGUUCCGGAUAUUCAAGCUGUCCAGGCACAGUAAAGGCCUCCAGAUCCUUGGGCGGACCCUCAAGGCCUCCAUGAGGGAACUCGGCCUGCUCAUCUUUUUCCUCUUCAUCGGUGUGGUGCUAUUCUCGUCGGCGGUAUACUUCGCGGAGGCCGGCUCCGAGAAUUCGUUCUUCAAGUCUAUUCCGGACGCGUUCUGGUGGGCCGUUGUCACGAUGACGACCGUGGGCUAUGGUGACAUGACGCCCGUGGGAGUCUGGGGGAAGAUCGUGGGCUCGUUGUGUGCGAUCGCUGGCGUCCUGACGAUCGCUUUGCCCGUCCCCGUUAUCGUCUCCAAUUUCAACUACUUCUAUCAUCGUGAGACUGACCAGGAAGAAAUGCAGUCGCAGAAUUUCAAUCACGUGACCAGCUGUCCGUAUCUUCCUGGCACUUUAGGUCUGAAGAAGGUCUCGAUGUCGGAGUCCUCGUCGGACAUAAUGGAGCUGGAGGAAGGUGCCCUGUUCACUCAUCCAGAGAUUACUAAGAAGUCGAAUUGCAACCCCCGUCACAAUAACAAUAUCAAUCCAGCCUGCAUGAGCAUCGAGACUGACGUCUGACUACUAGUGAAGGAGACGGUGGCAGCGUGGUGGCCGUUGCUGGGCCAGUUGUCGAAAAGCAGCUGCAGCUCCCUGCGGUGCCUGACGUAGGCCUCCUUCACACCUCGUCGUAGUCGUAGCGGCUGGCGCCAGUGUCGUCGCCUGCCAAGAAGCCUGUCCAGCCAGGUCCGUCAGUUACGCGGGGCGUCAUAGAUCGGGAUCGCGAAGUCACGGGGGGUCGCGAUCCUCCGGGGAAGCUAUAAUCCGACGCUUCUUCCAUCCGGAACGUUGCGAUAAGCGGAAGAGAAAAAAAAAGGAGAGAAGUGAGGGCGAGAAGGAAAAAGAGAGAUAAAGAGAGAGGUGGACCGAGGUGCGAGCGAGGAGCGAGAGGAGGGGAAAGAGUCGGGAAUACCUCCGCUGUCUCGAGGCGUCGUCGCGUCGUCGUCAUCUUCCCCGCCAGGUUAUUCGGAGAACUUGCGCCCCACGUAAGGACCCACGUGCAAACGAAGGGGACGGGAUAUUCCUCGCUCGCGUGCGCGCGCGCGCGUGCGUGCGUACGUGCGCGCGGCCCUAACCCCCCAAACCACCGACUCCAGUGUUCAAAAAAAAAAAAAAAAUGAAAUAAAGCUAUAACAAAUGAUACCCAAGAAACAUCGCGGCGUCUUCUUAUAAGCGCCGUCGAGUGUCCCUCCACCCGUGCGGGCCCCUCCGGCUUCUAAUAACCGGACGAGUGAGACGGGGAGGAGGGAGCCGGCCGGCGGCGGUAAAGCAACGGGAAUCGUACCAGAUAAUACUAUAUUAAUUAUUAUCGAUACAAAAAUUAAUCGAGUAUCGUACACGUAGGGCGAGGAUUAAACAAAGUACGUUUUAUGAUUAAUCGCGAGUGCGGACGAGGACACUUGAAAGACGCUCCUUGCGGCAAGAGGCGGCAAAGGGGAAAAACGGCGCAAAAGCUCGCGAGAAAGAAGCAUCAAAGACGAAGGACCGAAGGAAUAGACGUUCACAGACGCAGAGGGGAGAGAGGGCGUGAAAGAGAGAGAGAGAAAGAGAGAGAGAGAGAGAGAGAGAGAGAGAGAGAGAGAGGGAGGGGGGAUGUGAGGAAAGUAAAAAG